AUGACCUCCACUUUCCAUGCCGUGCGAGGAGGCGCCGCUAAGCUCAACACCGGCUUCCAUAUCCCUCUAGUGGGACUGGGAACCUACAAAGUCACUGGAGCUCAGGUGAAACCAGCUGUGGAUGCGGCAUUGGGCUGCGGCUAUCGUAUGUUUGACACCGCCAAGUACUAUGUGAAUGAACCCGAAUUGGGAGCUGCACUAGCGGAGCUGCUUCCAAAACAUGGCUUAUCUCGCUCUGAUAUCUUCCUUACCACAAAGUUCUUCCCUGAUCGCGAUGAUCCAGCAGCUGCUGCCAGGCAUCUUGUCAAAGAAUCUCUUGAAAAUCUUAGAACGGACUACAUCGACAUGGUCCUUAUUCACUAUCCAAAAGCUCAGGAAUCAGAUGAG